AUGGCAAGCACUCUCGCAGAGCAAAUUGGUGUCGAAGAGACUGGGCCAGACGAGUUUUACUCACGGUUUCCGCCCGCAAGAGGAGCUAAUCAACUACCAAUUGCUUACGGGGGUUGUACAAUAGCCGUCGGUGUCCAUGCUGCAUUUCGCACCGUCAAGCCCGGUUACAAUCUCUACUCGGUCCUCGGACACUUCCUUGGGCCAGCAAGGACAGAUCAAAGGUUGAUAUGUCGAGUUCAGCGUUUGCGGGACACGAGAACAUUUGCUACUCGGCGUAUUGAUAUCUGGCAAAGCCUCCCGAGCGGGGAACAGCGUCUCUGCAUGACACUGCAGACCGACUUCCACGUCAGUGAACCAGCAAUGAUGGAAUACUCCUCGCCUCCGGAGACUCGAUAUAGCGACGUGAGUCAGUGUCCGCCUGUGGAGAAAAUGGCCGAAGAGCUUGUGGCAAAAGGCUACAUCACUGAGGAAGCUGCCAGUGGUUACCGCACUACCACCUCCAUCUUGCUUUCAUUCUUCGAAAAUCGAUUUUGUCCAGAAGGAAUUUGGGGUCAGACGCUCGGUGGAAUUGCGAAGCACAUCCAAACGACCCAAGACCACCUUCCCAUCACGUCCAAAACAUCCGGGGAUUGGUUUCGAGCAUCGCAGGCUCUGUCCACGACAGCCGAACAUUUAGCAGCUCUGGCAUUCAUGAUGGAUGCAGGUCCCUCUUUCAUGCCCCUGAUUCACAAUCACAAAGGUAUGCAUGAUGCCGGUGCAGCCUCAACGCUAGACUUCGCCCUGAGAAUAUUUGUGAACGAUGUCGACAUAACACACUGGCAUCUGAGAGAGCGCAUGACUCGGACCGCUGGAGCUGCACGAAAUUAUGCCGAAUCAAAACUAUGGGACCAGAACGGCAAAAUGGUGGCUUCUAUGACACAGCAGUGUAUCCUGCGACCGAAACCCAAAUCAAGCGCCUCGUUAUAG